AUGGAAAAACUCUCCAUACUCUGCUUCGGCGACUCCCUAACAUCGGGUUAUUAUCGUUACGGACUCGAGUACCACUCAUACGCGAUCAAACUCAAGGAGAUCCUCGAAGCCAAAUUCCCUGACACCAAUGUCCACAUCGAGGUGGACGGGGUCCCAGGCGAUUUUGUGGUAUACCCCACGGGUGAUUUCUUGCCUCGCAUACAAGAUCAAUGUGCGAAAGCCAAAUUCGACUGGGUCAUUAUUCUCGGAGGAACCAACGAUUUGGGAGACGGAAAUCGAGCCGAUAUGAUUUACUUCGCGCUAGAAGACUGCUGGCGUGUGGCUCUCACAAGUGGCGCGAAGGUUCUCGCCAUGACAGUACCUGAUUGUGCAGCCAAACUCGAAAGCCUAGAAACGAGACGCAGUACUUUAAAUUCUAAUAUCAUGGAACGCGAGUCUGAGAAUUUCCGUGUCGUUGAUUUGCAUAGCAAGAUUCCCUAUCAUUCUGCUACGGAGAACUUCCAGGACGAGAUCUUUGAUGAUGGAUUACAUUUUACUGCCAAGGGAUAUGAGCUUAUGGGAAGUGUUGUGGGAGAGCGUCUGGUGGCUCUGAUCGAAGAGGAACAGGGCAGUAAUGGCCAAGCCUACACUAAGCUGUAG